AUGGCCAUCCCGCUCCAGGCGAAGAAGCAGCAGGAGAACGGAAGCAAGGGCGGCCAAGGCAGCGACGUGGACGGCGGCGACGACAACCCUUCGGCGGCGGAGGAGCUGCGGGAGCUGUGGCGCAUGGCGGCGCCGAUCACGGCGCUCAACUGCGUUGUGUACCUGCGCGCCAUGGUGUCCGUGCUCUGCCUGGGCCGGCUCGGCCCGCUCGACCUCGCCGGCGGCGCCCUCGCCAUCGGGCUCACUAACAUCACGGGCCACAGCGUGCUCUUCGGCCUCGCGUCCGGUCUCGAGCCGCUUUGUGCCCAGGCCUACGGCUCCCGCAACUACGACCUGCUCACGCUCUCCCUCCACCGCGCCGUGCUGCUGCUCGCCAUCGCCGCCGUCCCCAUCGCGCUGCUCUGGCUCAACGUCGGCCCCAUCCUCGUCGCGCUCGGCCAGGACCCGGCCCUCUCCGCCUCCGCCGCCGCAUACGCCGCGUGGGCGCUCCCGGACCUCGCCGCGCUGGCCGUUCUCCAGCCGCUCCGCGUCUACCUUCGGUCCCAGGGCAUCACCAAGCCCAUGGCCGCCUGCUCCGCCGCCGCCGUCGCGCUGCACAUCCCGCUCAACUUUCUCCUCGUCUUCCGCAUGGGCUUCGGCGUGCGCGGCGUCGCGGCCGCGCAGGCGCUCACCAACACCAACAUGGUGCUCUUCCUGCUCGCCUACGUACGCUGGGCGGGCGCGUGCGACGACACGUGGAGGGGCUUCGCGCGGCCGGCCGCCGUCGCCAGCGGGCUCGGCGGGCUCGUCCGCCUGGCCGUGCCCAGCUGCAUCGGCGUGUGCCUCGAGUGGUGGUGGUACGAGGUCGUCACCGUGCUCGCGGGCUACCUCCAGAACCCCACCGCCGCCGUCGGCGCGGCCGGAGUCCUUAUCCAGACCACCAGCCUGAUGUACACCGUGCCCAUGGCGCUCGCGGCCUGCGUCUCCACCCGGGUGGGCAACGAGCUGGGCGCCGGGAAGCCGCGGCGUGCGCGGAUGGCGGCGACGGUGGCGCUGUGGUGCGCGGCGGGCGUGGGCCUGGCGCACGUGGCGUGGACGGCGGCGUUCAGCGCGCAGUGGGUGUCGCUGUUCACGCGGGAGCCGUCGGUGGUGCUGCUGGCGUCGGCGGCGAUGCCGGUGCUGGGGCUGUGCGAGCUGGGCAACUGCCCGCAGACCACGGGGUGCGGCGUGCUGCGCGGCACGGCCAGGCCCGCCGUGGGCGCCCGCAUCAACCUGCUCUCCUUCUACCUCGUCGGCACGCCCGUGGCGGUGCUGCUGGCGUUCGGGCCCUGGCCGUGGACCGGGUUCGGCGGGCUGUGGUACGGGCUGCUGUCCGCGCAGGCCGCCUGCGUGGCCCUGGUGCUGGUCGCCGUCGUGUGGCGCACCGACUGGCGCGUCGAGGCCAUGCGCGCGCGGAAGCUGACCGGCACCGGCCCGGAGACGACGGCGACCGCCACCGAGGGCGAGCAGGAGGAGAUGAGGCGCCUCGUGGCCGGCAACGGCCGGGAGGCCGACGUCGACGUGUAG